GCAAUCGCCUGGGGUUUCCAUUGUUUACUUUACGGAUAGAGAACCGGGGAAGAAAGCUUGAGCUUAUAGCUGAGAAGGAUCCCGAGAUAAAUCUCCCAAUUCUGACCAGCUAGCUUUUUUGAAACUUUUCUUGAGAUAUAAUCUUUCUCCUGAGUGCUACCGUCAAGCAAGCAUCACCAUGUCGUCCGCUGCAAAGAAGCUCAUCGUGGCCGGAGGCAACGGUUUCCUCGGCUCCAGGAUCUGCCAGGCCGCUGUCCACAGAGGAUGGGAUGUGACAUCAAUUAGUCGCUCCGGCCAGCCUAACUGGUCUUCCGUAUCCGCCUCCCCCUCCGCUCCCUCCUGGUCGACCGCCGUUUCCUGGGAGCGCGCCGACAUCUUCCGCCCCGCCGAAUGGAUCGCCAUCCUCAACGGUGCGGACUACGUCGUUCACUCUAUGGGUAUCCUCCUCGAAGCCGACUACAAGGGCGUCAUCUCCGGUCGGGAGUCUCCUCUCGCGGGGCUCCAGAAGGCCUUCUCGCCCCGUCACACCCCGAACCCGCUCGAGCGUCGCCCCGGUGACGAGAUCCGUCCCCCGACCAAUGCGAACCAGUUGACCUACGAGAUGAUGAACCGCGACAGCGCGAUCUUGCUCGCCAAGGAGGCUGCCAACAAGGGCGUCAAGGGUUUCGGAUUCGUUUCGGCUGCGGGAGGAGCUCCCGUCCUGCCGAGCAGGUAUAUCUCGACCAAGAGGGAGGCGGAGGACGUAAUUGCGCGCGAGUUCCCCGAGAUGAAAAGUGUGUUCUUCAGGCCGGGAUUCAUGUUCGAUAGCUCGCGGCCGGUGACGGUGCCGCUGGCGGCGAUGACGAUGGCGGGAAGUAUCUUCAACGGGGCCACGGGAGGAGUGCUGUCCAGCUUCUUAGGGAGUGCGGGGACGAAGCCUCUCAAAGCAGAUCUGGUUGCGGAGGCGGUGGUGGAAGGAUUGGACGAUACAGCGGUUAAGGGGGCGGUCGAGGUCCCCGAGAUGGAGACAUUGGCGAACAAGGGUUGGAGGAGAACUAUGCUUUAAGAGCAAAGGAUCGCUUCAAAGGGACUGUAUUAUACCAGGAUGAUGAACUUUCGCAAUGUAUUAAACGAUGAUGCUUAACAUAAUAAAACCAACAA